CUCCUUUCUCCAUACAUAAGGCGGGUGGCGCUCCUGGAGCGUUUCUGAGAGGGUUGUUCCCCGGUGAUAUUCUGCUGAUCCUCCACCCCUCAUCAUCGGCAGACCUGAUUAUCCCCCCUCCAAAGCUCCCCUUUGACAACAUGCGCGCCACUUUCCUCCUCGCCGCAGCCCUGUCGGUGCUGACGGCCAGCGCCGACGACAAGACCACUACGGUGGGCCUCUACAACCCGGACUGGGAUGUCACCGUCCCCAAGUACGGCGGAUGGACCAGCACGGCGGCCAGUGUCGCGGGGGUCAACGCCAAGGCCACCACCUACCACCUGGGCUGUCUCAAGGACGCCCCCAAGACCGACUGUGACAUCAAGCACUCGUGGACCAUCAUCCAGGGUCCCUCGACGGUGAGCGUGUCGGGCGAAUACAUCGCGUCGACCUCCGGCAAGAGCACGAGCUACGACUACACCGUGACCCGCACGUACGAAUGUUCCCUCAAGUCCUGGAGCGAGUCGGCCAGCUGCACGAUGAGCGUGGCCAUCACCGGCACUUUCAAUGGCGGAUCGUACGCGUCUUCCACCUCCACCCAUUCCACCUACGGUCCGACCAAGACCUUCGCCGAGCUGGUGGUCACGGGCGGACUCAAGUCGCUGACGGAGCCUGCCGCCACCAAGACGGCUGAUGCGGCGAACGGCAAUGGGGCAGUGGGCGCGAUGAUCACUGCUGCUCCUGUGGUCGCGGCCGCAGCGGUGGCUGCCUUGCUGUAGGAGAGAGGAUUGGGGUGAGGGUGUUUUAUUGGCCCUGUGCUUUGGAUGUAACCAUGUUAGUGAAUUGACGAAAUGAGUCUGUGACUGAGGAUAAUAGAACAGAACCAACCGGGCAUUUAGCCCUUGUGAUAUGUGAUGCAAUUAUA